GCAAUAGCCUUUUUCUGCGUUAAAAAAAGCUACGUUGAGGUAAAUGUCACAUGCCAUAAUUCAAGUUGACCAAAUGAAAUUUACUGAUAGGGCUCGUACGCAUCCCCGUACCUACUCUGUUGAUGAUAGUUACAUGGCCUACUCUGCUCACGUCGAACUGUUUUUCUCGAAAAUGUUGCGGUAUUAUUUGCUUAGUGUUAUUACUAAUGGUUUGAAGCGGUGUCAACAUCAGUUUGUUUCUUUGCCAACAAAAUCAUCCAACUCUAAUCAUUCAUUGAGGUCGAAGUUGACCAUCCACAGCGAAGUGUUGGAGGCUCUCCACAAUAAUAAACCUGUAGUAGCAUUGGAAUCGACGAUCAUAACACAUGGAAUGCCUUUUCCACAAAAUUUAAAGGCUGUAAAGUCUCUGAAUAAGAUCAUUCGUAGCAAAGGAGUUGUUCCAGCUACUGUGGCAAUACUUAAUGGUAGAAUACAUGUUGGUUUGACAGAAAGUAAAUUGGAGAACCUUGCAAACAUUGGUCUGUCGGCUGUUAAAACAUCACGCAGGGAUAUACCUGCUGUAUUAAGUAAGAAUCUAGUUGGUGCAACAACAGUAUCUGGCACAAUGGUUGCGGCAGCGUUGGCUGGUAUAUCUAUCUUUGUGACAGGUGGCAUUGGUGGUGUUCAUCAUGGUGCAGACAAAUCAUUUGAUGUGAGUGCAGAUCUGACUGAAUUGGGAAGAACUCCAGUUGCUGUUGUUUGUGCUGGUGUUAAGUCUAUCCUAGAUAUUGGAUCAACACUGGAGUAUCUGGAAACAUGUGGUGUAACAGUUGCAACUGUUGGUGACACAUUACAAUUUCCUGCUUUUUUUACAUCAGACAGUGGAUUUAAAGCUCCUUACAAUGUUAGGACAGCAAAAGAAGCUGCCAUGAUGAUUGACUGCAGUCUUGAAAUGGAAAUGAAGUGUGGAAUGGUUUUUGGUGUACCAAUACCACAAUCUCAUUCCUUGAUGGGAGCCAAGAUCAAUGUCACUAUUCAAACUGCUUUACUGGAGGCCAAAAAGAAAAAUAUUGUUGGCAAAGAUAUAACUCCAUUUGUUUUGAAGCAAAUUGAUCAUCUUACGGAAGGAAAAUCUGUCGAAGCAAAUAUUGCUCUUGUUCAAAAUAAUGCCCUCGUUGGGAGUGAAAUAGCCAUUGAACUAUGUAAAUUGCGCGAAUCAAGACGACAGAUGUUUUCCCGAACUAACGAAGAUUCAAAUAUAAAGUCUUCCAAAUAUCGACCGGUUGUCAUUGGUGGCUCAAACGUUGAUUUCGCUGCUAAGACAAGCAAGGAUAUUAUGUUUGGGAAUGUGACAAAUUCUGGAGAAAUUCGUCAAUCCUUUGGUGGAGUUGCGCGAAAUAUAGCAGAAUGUAUAGCUCGUAUUGGACAGUUUCAACCAGUUUUAAUAACGUGUGUGGGUGCUGAUGAUUUGGGUGAAAUGUUGUUGAAACAUUUAAGUGAUGUUGGCGUGUCGACAUUUGGUGUUCAAGUGAACAAGAAAAGAAGUACAGCUACAUAUUCGGUUGUCCUCAACUCGAAAGGCGAGGUGAUCAUUGGCAUAGGAGAUAUGGACAUACACAAAUCUAUAACAACAUCUUUGAUUGAUAAUUUUGAAGAAACGAUAAGAAACGCUCCCGUUGUCAUAAUUGACGGGAAUCUUGAGGAAAAUGUCAUCAAGCAUUGCAUUGAAAUUUGUUCACAACAUUCGACUCCAGUUGUGUUUGAACCGACCUGUGUGAUGAAAGCGGCAAAACCUUUCAAAGAUGACAGUUGGCAACAGCUUACCUUGACCACUCCAAAUAUCGAUGAAUUACGAACAAUGAGUGCCCUUGCUGCAAACGGCAAUCAACAGACUUUAUUUGCUCAAGGUGACCCUUCAAAAGGUGACAUUAAUUCAGUUCAAGUCAAUGAAAGAUCCAUAGACGAAGUUCUUAAGGAAUGCAUUCAAUUAUGUAAACCGCUGAUGAGACAUAUUCCAAUGGUUGUGGUCACAAUGGGUGAACUGGGGGUAUUUGUAUGUCGUGAUGUACCUUUGAAUUUGCCGUUGAUGCAUGAUGGAAAAUUUCUCGGUGUAAGGAAAAAAAGUAGAGAUGAUCUUUUUUACGCUGCUUAUUUCCCCCCUUGUAAAAAUGACAGGAAUGAAGUGGAAGUUGUUUCAGUCACUGGAGCUGGUGAUAGCUUUUCUGGUGGAUUCGUGUCCAGUGCCCUAUCAGGCAUGUCUACGGAAAUUUGCGUAAAAUGCGGUUUAAUGGCCGCCUGGUAUUCAGUUCAAGGUUCUUUGGCCGUGUCUCCGUCACUUAAUUCAGAAUGCUUCACACAAAGUAGAAUACAAUCUUGGGCGACGUGGGAAGCAGUUCCUAUUGACAUUAAUGAUGUACACUGCAAUUCUUUAAGAAAGUAAAGACUGGGGCUUUGUGAGGUAUGUUUAAGAUAAAAAUAAUAAAAGUUGAUUCUUUUCCAAACCUUUGCAUGGAAGAUUAUGACCCUAAAAGUUCAAAUUAUAAUUAUAAAUAUGAUAUGGCAGUUAAUGUAAUUGGCACCCCUUAUAUAGAUUAAAGUCUAAAUGUUUGAGCCUCACAAAAGCCACAAACGUUACCAAUGUUCUUUCGAAGAGCAUAUAAAACAUAGUUUUUACAAGCGACGCUCUUUUGUCAACGCGGAUCAUACCCAUCACAGGUAUGUUUUGACUAUUGUAUGGCACACGCUUUGUCUUGUAGGAGGCCAUUUGAUAUGGAUAACAUCAUUUGUGUUAAUGAGAAAAAUAUUAUUUUAUUUCUGUUGAUCGUUUAAUGUUUGCUCGUCACGUAGCGUUACUUGUGCUUUUAUACGAAUGGCUCGUCCGUUUCAUUUAUUUCAACGAAAAUUUUUGGUUGUCCUGUUUUUUUUUGCUGUUUUGCCCUGAUGCUAGACAUUAUGAAAUUUCGUUGAAUUUUUUUCAUGUAAUAUUUAAUCGCAUUGUUAUAUUAUGUAUAUAAAGUAUUUUAUCUUUUUCUUUCAUUAACGAUGGCCAAUUGGUUGGACGUUUGGUCCUUUAUUUUUUUUCUGAAAUUCACUUUUCUUUGAUGUCUGCGAGGUUUGUUUCGGGAUAUUUUAAUCACCAUGAUCAUUGAUCACUUCAUGCAUGUGUGCUUGUUCAAACUUUACUUUUAAUUCAUUACCUUUGAGGAAAUAAAAUAAAUAGUGUUUAAACGUG